AUGGGUUGCUGUGGUGACUAUUGUAAUUGCUGUUGCUCGGCCAAGACUCAGGCUGCAAAUAAUGAUAAUGAUUCAUAUUAUGAGGUCUCAUCCCAUCGAUCGCGCAAGUGUCGAUGUUUGCGAAAAGUUAUGGCAAUCACUUUCUCCCAACUGGGUCUAUCCAUUAUCAUAACUCUUUAUUUGAUCGGUGGUGCACAUCUCUUCAAUUAUCUGGAAAGGGAACCCCACCAAAAGCGUCUCAACGACAGCUUGCAAGUUUUACAAAGCUCUUUCAAUGAUCUCACGUUCUCCAUGAAGCGAUUGAAAAGAAGUACUAGUGAUGAUAUUCAACCGAAAGCGCGUCAUAUUGGCCAUCGCUGCAUUAAUUAUCAAAUCGAUACUCUGUAUAGGGAAAUUGAAAGACUCCAACAGAUCAUCAAACAUGAGCAUCUGAUAUCUCGAAAAACGGAAAUCCAGCGACUUCGAAUAAAGAUAAAUGGCCUAAUGACCUUAGGUGAAACCGAACAACUCAAUAAAGUUCUCAAUCGCUCACUUCAAAUUGACCUUCCCGAUCAAAUCAGAAGUUACCAAAAUAUCUUAAACCCUGGAAGGUUUAUAGAGGGAGUUGCUGACUUAACGUUCAAAAAAAAGUUACAUCACUUUGUGAAGGAGAUCUAUGAGGCAGUCCAAACAGGUUGGGUUAUACCUUCCUUGGAGAAAGAUGGCGAAGCCGAACCGGUUAGGCAAAACAACAAUACCCGUUUCAUCCCUCCCGAUCAUUCUUCAGAUCGGAACGAUAUAAAGUUCAGUGAUCGGACCCCAAGGACUGAUCCAUGGACAAUAGCUGGUUCGCUCUUCUACGUCAUAACGGUCAUUACCACCAUUGGCUAUGGCGAAGUGGUUCCAGUUACAAAGUAUGGUCGUCUAGCAACCAUAUUUUAUGGCCUCUUUGGAAUUCCAAUGAUGCUACUUUUUCUCGCUAACCUUGGUAGUCUAAUGGCCGACGUAUUUCGUAUUCUCUAUAAAAGGCUUUGUUGUUGCUUUAUAAAGAAGAGGAAACCGAGUUGGUCUGUUCCCACGAGCUCCACGUCGAAGCCGAGGUCCUUGAAUUCAAGCAAUCAUGGCGAGCAAUCCACCACAAGUCAACCAUCACUAAUUCGUCCAACGCCUGGAAGGAGUCAUAAGGCGUCUGCUCUGCAUGAAUUAGUCAACAGAACUGCUACUCCACUACCUGGAAUUACAGAAAGUGUUUUUAUCUCAUUGGCAGGCCCACACUCGAUUUUUGCCCGAGCAAUUCAAGCUCGCGAAGAGAGUCGAAAUGUUCAAGUCCCGUUAUGGGUCAUAUUCAUCAUAUUCGCCCUCUACCUCUUCCUAGGUGGAUUGUUUUUCGCCUAUUGGGAGAAGUGGACAUUCCUGAAUUCAAUGUACUUUGUUUUCAUCACGGUUUCGACCAUUGGAUUCGGUGACUUAUUACCGGCUAUGGUGGCUAUGUGCUUUGAUCUUGUGCAACAGGAGUUAAAGUUGCACUCGAAAAAACUCGGGAGAAAAAUUGGACUUCUUAGUGGCCAGAGUCUUCCCAAUAAAAAUACCCACUAA